AUGGUAGGUUAAUAGUUUUAAAGUUAUUAAAUAUUUAUUUUUUUACAAUUACUAUAAAAUUACCGUUCUGAGAUAAGUUUAAAAACCUCAGAAAAAUUUUAAAAAACUCUAACCUUUCGAAAAUCAUAUUUUUAAUCUCUAGAAGACUGCCUUAGCUUUGUUUACCCUUAUUGGCUGGGUCGUAGCCUUCGGCAAGUACACUCCUCAUUUGACCAGCCAUGAGAAACUUUCGGCCCACGCUCAAGCACUGACAGGUGAUGACUUAGUAAAUUAUGUCAAUAACCUUAAAACUACCUGGACUGCUGAACGUUUUAACUGGGCUGCUAACAAAACCGCCGCGGAACAAGCAAAACUAGUCGGUGUUUUGGAUUUGCCGGAACAAUAUAGUCAUUUGGUUCUCGAAGGCCCAGCUACAUUAUCGCUUCAAGAAGAACUGCCUGAAAACUUUGAUGCUCGCGAACAAUGGCCCGACUGUCAGACUAUCAAGCACAUUCGUGACCAAGCCAACUGCGGAAGCUGUUGGGCGUUUGGUGCUGUUGAAGCCAUUUCUGAUCGUGUUUGCAUCCACAGUCAAGGAAAGAAGCAGGUUAGCGUAAGUGCCGAAGAUAUGUUGUCGUGCUGCGGCACGUGCGGAUACGGAUGCAACGGUGGCUUUCCCUAUAUGGCUUGGAUGCACUACUGGUGGACCGGUGUUGUGUCUGGCGGGGACUACGGUACACACGAAGGAUGCCGUACUUACUCAAUUAAGCCGUGUGCACUGUACGAGAACCACAAGUGCACAGGGGAAGUCUCUACACCAAAAUGUGAACAUACUUGUGAAGCUGGCGCCAACUUGGUUUAUGAAUCCGAUAAACAAAAGGGUGGGUAUCCGCACAAGGUUUCAUCUAACGAAAAGACUAUUCGUGAAGAAAUCUUUAAAAAUGGUCCUGUGGAAGCUUCGUUUACCGUGUACGCCGACUUUAUGCAGUACAAAACUGGUGUCUAUCAACACAAAGCUGGCUCAAAACUUGGAGGUCAUGCUAUAAAACUUCUUGGUUGGGGGGUAGACAAUGGAACUCCAUACUGGUUGGCCGCCAACUCAUGGACUCCAACUUGGGGAGAAAAGGGUUUCUUCCGUAUUCUGCGUGGCCGAAACGAAUGUGGUAUAGAAGGCGAAAUUGUCGCUGGAAUACCAAAAGUUUAA